AUCGGCUGCUGCGUCGUCGUGAGUCGUGGACUCGUGACGUGUGCCAAGCUCGACGCGGAGGUGUAGCCCACUAAUUCCCCGCCGAUCCAGCCCAGGUCCUGUGGGGUUAUGGGCAACUUGUGGCAGGUCGGAAGCUCCCUUCUGGACAGUGAAUAUCCACACGAUCUAACGGUAUGUGGCUUCAAUACCCGUGGCAACAGUCUACCUCGUACGUAUAAAAGGGGCGUUGAAGGCGGGGUGAACCUUGAUGUCCAAGUCAAGUCCCGAAUUCAUCGAGAAAGCAAACGCCCAAGUUCGCAAAUAUGACCACCAAGGGAAGCUGCAUGUGUGGGGAGGUCGAGUACCAGUUCACUGGCGAGCCUGCAAUGAAGGCUCUGUGCCACUGCAUUGAUUGCCAAAAGUGGACUGGCAGUGCCUUCACCUCCAACGCUGUCGUGGCUCGAACCUCUUUCCAGGUGAACAAGGGAAGCCCAAAGGCUUAUGACAUCACGGGUGACUCGGGUAAGAUCAACAAGCACUUCUUCUGCUCCAACUGCGGAUCCAGCCUGUACACCGAGCUUGAGAUCAUGCCUGACAUGACCGUCAUUAAGGCUGGCGGUCUGGAUGGCGGCGCUGCAAGCCUUGGUAAUGCGGUUGGCGCCGAGCUCUACGUGAAGGAUAGGGUCUCCUACCUCCACAGCAUCGAAGGCGCGAAGCAGGAGCAGAAGAUGUAAAGAAGACGACGAAACAGAUCAAAUGAUGAAGAUUGAAAAGUUGCUGCACUCGUCGAUGCUGCUGGUGUCGUGAAUCACGCUGUAGACAUAAUGUUGCUUGGGUUUCGGCGCGUAUUGCCCGGCGGUGCUCAUCCGUAGU